AUCGGACUAACCGACAGUGCUGGGCCAGUCAGCAGCAGCAUGUGGCAAGAUCGAUCUCUACCUGUUAUUACUUGCCCAAACACGGAAAACUCUCUGCCUAGCUAGGAUUAACAAACAAAGAAGGAAGGGAAGGAGCUCCAGGAAAGAGGAGGGAGACGAAAUUCCGAGAGUGGCCGACGGAGAGAGGUUUCCAUCCACGAAGCGAUCGACCGGGCGCGCGGCGAUCGAUGGCGGCGAACGGGCACCAGAUCCAGCCGGCGGAGGAGGAGACGAUGAAGCUCAUCAUCGACACCGACCCCGGCAUAGACGACAGCGUGGCGAUCAUGAUGGCGUUCCAUGCGCCGGGCGUGGAGGUCCUAGGCCUCACCACCAUCUUCGGCAACUGCACCACCGCAUACGCCACCCGCAACGCCUUGAUUCUGUGUGAGAAGGCAGGCCAUCCCGACGUACCGGUGGCGGAGGGCAGCGCCGAGCCUCUCAAGGGAGGGAAGCCGCAAGUUGCAGACUUUGUUCACGGAUCCGAUGGCCUCGGGAACGUACCUGUCCCUGCUCCCACCACCAAGAAAGCAGAGCAAACUGCGGCGGAGUUUCUGGUCGACAAGGUGUCGCAGUUCCCGGGGGAGGUCUCCGUGCUUGCCUUGGGCCCUCUGACCAACAUCGCAUUGGCCAUCAAGAUGGACCCCUCCUUCGUGACCAAGGUGAAGAAGAUAGUGGUGCUGGGCGGAGCCUUCUUCGCAGCAGGAAAUGCCACGCCUUCGGCCGAAGCAAACAUCCACAGCGACCCGGAGGCGGCGGACAUGGUGUUCACGUCGGGCGCGGACAUCGCGGUGGUCGGCCUCAACAUCACCACCCAGGUGAGCUUCACGGAGGCGGACCUGUCGGAGCUGAGGAGCUCCGGGGGCAAGCAGGCGCAGUUCCUCUGCGACAUCUGCAAGUUCUACAGCGACUGGCACCUCCACUCGUACGGCGACCCCGCCGUGUUCCUGCACGACCCGGUGAGCCUUGCCGCGCUGGUCCGGCCGGAGCUCUUCACCUUCAGGAAGGGCGUGGUGCGGGUGGAGACCCAGGGCAUCUGCAGAGGCCACACCUCCAUGGACAUGGGGCUCAAGAAGUUCAAGUCGGAGAACGCGUGGUCGGGCUACACGCCCAUCUCGGUGGCGUGGACGGUGGACAAGGCCAAGGUGGUCGCCUUCGUCAUGGAGCUCCUCAAAAAUUAAUCAGGAGUUCAUGAUCUGUAUAUCUGGUCAUCAAAUGAUUUGAAAUUGUAGAGAUCCGUCGGUCGAUCGACUCGUGAUUUAUGUGUACCCCAUUCGACGCUCUUCAUGUAGACACAUUGUCUCGUGGAAUUAUUGAACUGCUCGUUGUGAAUUGUCA